GGGUACGCUGGCGGCAAGAAAGCUCGCGGCUGCUUGCCAACAACAACCGAACGGUUCGCACCAAUAGAGUCCACUGCGUGCGUUGCCGCUCGCAGUACGGUUACGGUGUGGGGCCCCCACCAUUUGGCAGGACGCGCUCUCUCUACGCUGUCGGAUCGAAUCAGUUCGCUCAGUGUACCGUUAGUGCUUCAAUGUGAGUGAAAGUGUAGACAAAGGACUUGCGAAACGUAACUGAAUCUCCUUUCUCGAAGAAAAAACUUUGUGCCGUGCUAUCAAACGCAGAGAUCACGAAGAAAACGCUUAGCGAUUUCGGCUGAGUAACUGACAACCAUUUCUUUGGAUAUCGCGAGCAUAUUUGCAAAAGAAUCUCCGUCACCGCAUACCGCGAAGCGGCUGUUUGCAAGCGUGUGGCGACACUCGGCACAAAACCGUGACAUUGGAUCGUCACACGGAACGGCACCCAAUACAGUGGUACACGACGGAUCCACACCCGAGCCAGCGAUUACCGCCUAGUGAACCGCCCAGCGACGAUGGCGACUAAAGUGGACGGGGUACCGGGCCCACGGAGCAACAACGGGCACGAGAUGGCACCGCUCAAUACGCGGGCCCGCGGUGACGGAACGCACGGUGUCACGAUCAUGCUGUCACCGCCGGAUCGCAGCUCGAUCGGUUCGCGGGAUGGGGCCGGCGCCCUGCCCGACGGUGACCCGGACCGGGCCGCCUGGUCCGGCAAGAUGCAGUUCUUCCUCAGCAUCAUCGGUUACUCGGUCGGGCUCGGUAACAUCUGGCGGUUUCCGUACCUGUGCCAGCAGAACGGUGGUGGUGCCUUCCUCAUACCCUUCAUGGUGAUGCUGAUACUCGAGGGCAUACCACUGUUCCUGAUCGAGCUCGGUAUGGGCCAACGGAUGCGGCUCGGAGCGCUCGGUGUCUGGAACACUAUCCACCCGUGGCUCGGUGGCAUCGGCAUAAGCUCCUGCAUCGUCACACUCUUCGUGGCGAUCUACUACAAUGUGAUCAUUACCUGGUGCUUCUACUACUUCUUCAACAGCUUCCGGUAUCCGCUCCCGUGGGGCACCUGUCCGCAGAUCAACGGAACCGACAUCGAGGAGUGUGAACGAUCGUCCGAGACGGCGUACUUCUGGUAUCGGACGACGCUCGAUGCGGCACCGAGCAUAGACGAAACCGGAGGCUUCAAGUGGUGGAUCGUACUGUGCCUGAUGCUCUCCUGGACCGUGGUGUUCUUCAUCGUCAUGAAGGGCAUUCAGAGCUCGGGCAAGGUGGUGUACUUUACGUCGCUCUUCCCGUACAUCGUGCUCACCAUCUUCUUCAUCCGUGGCAUCACGCUGAAGGGCGCGGGCGCCGGUCUGAUGCACAUGUACACACCGAAGGUUGAGAAGUUGCUCGAACCGACGGUUUGGCUCGAUGCCGCCACGCAGGUGUUUUAUUCGUUCGGGCUGGCGUUCGGUUCACUCAUUGCGUUCGGGAGCUACAACACACCGAAGAAUAACUGCGUCCGGGAUGUGCUGCUGGUGUCGGUGUGCAAUGCGAUCACCGCGAUCUACGCCAGUGUCGUCAUCUUCGCCAUCCUGGGGUAUAAGGCAACGCUGGGCGUUGAUCGGUGUAUUCAGGUCAAUAAACACGUCCUGGUGAAGCAUGGUCUGCUGGAGUCGGUACACGUGGACAACAGCGAGUACGAGCACGUGAUGGCAGGGUUAAACAGUACGAUGCUGAAGGAUUGGGAGUUUGAAAAGUGCAGUCUCGAGGAUCAGCUUUCGAGUGCUGCCGAAGGAACUGGGUUGGCAUUCAUCGUGUUUACCGAGGCCAUCGUAGAGCUACCGGGUUCACCAUUCUGGGCGGUGCUCUUCUUCACCAUGUUGCUAUCGCUUGGACUCGGUUCACAGAUUGGUAUCCUCGAGGGGAUGCUGUGUACCAUUUUCGAUAUCGAUAUCUUCAAGCGAAUUCGGAAGCCUUACGUAACAGGUGUCGUGUGUGCGUUCUGUUUCUCCGUUGGUCUCAUCUUCACGACCGGUGCCGGUGAGUACUGGCUCAAGAUGUUUGACUCGUUCGCCGGUACGAUCGGACUCGUUGUGGUGGCCCUAAUGGAGAUGAUCGCCGUCAUCUACAUCUACGGUCACGAGAAAUUCACGGAGGAUAUCUACCAAAUGACCGGUACUCGGCCAGGGCUCUACUGGCAGAUGACCUGGCGAUACAUCGGACCGGCCAUCAUGGGCUGUAUUCUGCUAUCAUCCAUACUCUCGAUGAUACUCCGAAAUCCGACGUACGGUGCCUGGAACGGUGAACUGGGUGUUAUUGAAAACAAAUCGUACCCCAACUGGGUCAUGGGUAUCGCGCUCGCCAUGAUCAUUGCCGGCGUUCUGCCGAUGCCGGUAGUGUUCUUACUGCGCCGCUUCCAGAUCCUGAAGGUCGAUCUGGACAUUCACCAGGGUUCGAUUCGACGCAACGAAACGACCGCCUCGACAAAGGAAAUGAUUGACGAAGACGACGACGACGAUGAUGAUGACGAUUUUAGUGGGCCAGCGCUCGGUGGACCGGUGAACGUGCGUAGCGAUUCCGACGAUGAGGACGAACCACCGACGAUGGGCAAAAUGUUGGCCAAACAGCAGGCGGCCAAGCAGCAGUUCAAGAACCAACAGCAUCUAACACCGACCGUCCUCGGUGCCACGAACGCGACGCGCAAGAAACCGUUCCGCAUGGAAGUGGUGGACUUCUAACCUUCCUUCCUGAGACACAACUGAGUCGCUGCUGAGGCAUGCGGGGGCAGCAAGCCUUUAUGUGUUAUGAGUAUACCAGUUUUAUGCUUUAAGUUUCCCCACCCCCCGCCGGGUUGUAGCUAAGUAAUUUCGUUCGCAUCCUUCGUCCUUCCUCGCUGUAGCGUAAAAAAGCAAAGUAUGCGUGGAGUGCCGCGGGCAUUUUGAUGUCCGCUUCCGCACUGCUUUCCGAUUGAGCUAGUUUGUACAACCGAUGCCUGUAGCCACUACAGACACAGAGAGAGAGAGAGAGUCUCGUGCGCCCGUCCCCGGCAGCUCAGCUGCCCCACUCGGGGACCGUCGGACGAGGGUGACGAAGAUGUUGCCAUGUUACGUGUGUAAAUAUCAUGUAUAGAGCCUAUGCAUAAUAAGCAGAAGAUGCUGAAAAACCACUUUAAUCGUAACGGAACAAAAACAGAAAACAGAGAAAAAAAACCAAACCCUUACACCAUUCGGUAGUGCCGCCCCGCCGCCAAGUGGCGAAAGCAAACGACGACUUUCUAGGACACUACUAGGAAAAAAAUAGUAUUUCCCAAUGAACCAUCAUCCUCUUUUCGCUGUGUGAUACAAAAUGACAACGCUCCGCGUCCGCGUGGCUCCAGAGCCCCCGACGAAUGCCCGAAUUAUGUGCCAGAGAUUAUGUGGCCGAGCCCUGUGGUAGUAGUAGUAACAGUAGUAAUUAAUUGUAGCGAUAGUAGUUCCAAUGUUUGCUAGUUACCUGCUGUGUAAGUGUGCAUACUUGCCUGUUGUACAGAAGCAUCGUACCGUUUCACUGCUCCACUGACACUCGGACUGAAGGCUACCGUUUAGGCGCCCCCUAGUAGUGUGCCGGAGGGGGGAGAGGCGAGCGACUGGUUCGCAGCAGCAAACUACUAUAAUCAUCCUUUUGGCCGUUGCACCAUUAGCCUGCAUGCAAACGCCCGUUUUUGGGGAUAUCAAGACCCCCCCCCCCUCGAAUCCUCGGCUCGAAAGCGAUUGCAUCAUCGUUUGUGUUUGUGCAAUGAUUAAUUUUCCACCACUGUCCACUGGUAGGACGGCUUCGAAUAUACUACCGAGCAAGCAAACAGCCCUUUCACGCAGAUACAAAACAAAACCAGAAGUAAAACAAAGAAAAACUCCGCGUAUGACUGCGGACUGCCAGUACAAUGGUAAACUCACAAGGACAGCAGCAGCAGCAGCAGCUUAGGAUAGAAUAGGGGUUCGGUUUGGUUUCGCUACCAAAACCAGCAAACGUACAUAAGUAUUUAUAUCACUAUAAAACAUUCAUGUUGAGGCUUGAGUUCAAACACUAGGAACCCAGGGAACGCGGUGAAGUUUGUUGUAAAACUCUUUCUCUGAAAGACACCACGCAGCCAUUAACAGAAGAAAAACGAAAACUCGAAACCCUUACCGCACCCGGAUCGCAAGCCGGCGUUUAAGUAAGUGACGACAACACACGUGUAAGAUAUUAUUGAUUGAACGAUCCAACGAUAACAGUUGCGGCGUUCGAAAUCAUCGAUGGCAGAGCUAUUUGUUCCUUUAUUUCAACCGCGACGCGUCUUUCUAGAAACGGAUUAAGAAAACUCCUGGCUUGUGUGUAGGUACUACUCUCGUUUUUUUUUGGUGAUACAAAUCGUUUCGUUUUCAUGUGUGUAAGGUGUAGAGCGAAAGAAAUUCAUAAUUUUUUGUAAGUAAUGUGGAAUGUAUAAUAUGAACGCCGACUUCUUGUAAAAGAAAAUGCUUCCCGUUUUUAAAGACCGUUAGUCUUCGUUGCCUUGCUUCUCCGCCUUGAUAAUUACAACAAACGAUCCGCUUGUCUUGAGACGAAUUCUUUUCCCCUUUUUUUAUCAUGGACAAAAAUCACAUGGUGCCAGCUUCGUGCUUUACGAUUAUGCUACAUUAAGUCAUUCCAAUCAACUUCCCAUUUCAUGGCACAAGUCUUAUGAGGGCUACACAAUCGAUCAGGAGUGAUCCUUCGAUGCUUCCUUUUCUAAAAUCGACUUAUGGUUGACCACACAUUGUCGGUAAUCAACGUCAAGUGGUACAGAAGUAGCUGGGUUUCAUUGUGAAUCUACUGUGAUUUUCGAAAUGCAGGAUAACUUUAGAGAAUCAUGUGGUAUGCAUACCAAAGUGGCACAAUAAAUAAUCCAACUGAACUGGACUGUAAAACUUGAUUUUCAUCAAGCCAGAGAGCAUCUCGAUAUCGAUACAAUAUUUUGCUGUGAUCGUAUACCCCCGCCGGAAUGCUCAAAUCUUUUCUCGAAAAUGUGCAUAUCAAGGUUCGUGUUGAGACUGUAAAGUUUGAAUUUCGCUCCAUCAGGCCAUCAUGACAGGACAUUAAACGCAGAAAGAUGCAAAAAUUUCUUCAACUUCAACUGGAACGUUGGCUUCUUACUUGAAGUGACUUACAGUAGUGUUGCUAAAAUUAGUGAUUAGAAAAAUAAUGGAUUUCUUUCUACUACACCUUCCCAUAAUGACGAACUAAAACCGGUUUCUUAUUAAACAUUGUGUUCAAAUUCUUUUUUGUCUGAUAACAAAAAACGGAAUGUCGAGGUUUUGAUCCGAAGCGACGUUUGUAUGUAGAGUUUGAAAAGAAUUAAAUGGAUUACUUUGGAAUUUACUUCCACCCAUUUUUACCACCCAUUUUCCAUUUGACAAUGUCAAAACGAAACUGGCUAAUCGAAUAUCAACUAAACAACUGAGCAGCUAAACGAAAUGAAAUACUUAAAAUAAAAAAAACACGAAACUGAGCGACGCAGGUGUUAACUUGGAGAGAGGACGAAGAGAAAAAAAAACAUACAAUAAACAAUGUGAUCAAUUGAGUAAAAAUAACAAAAGUAGUAAGAUAAUGUUUUAAGAGUUAGUAAUUAUUAGUCCAUAAACCAAAAACGCCGCCGUAGCGCCGUGGAACGGGCAAGCAAAUCAAUCGUGGCGGGGCAGCAGAAAGGCCAAAGACCGGGUUGACAAGACAAUUGUUGGUAGUAAAACCGUACACCGUAACAAGCGAUUAGUUCCUCUUAGGCUGAAGGCUUUCUUUUAAUUAUUGCACAAGAUUGUGUUGGUGUGUUUUGCUGAGAAAGUAUUUAAAAGUGAUACGCUUGGUUGGUAUUGUUUCAUGUUUCGGGACGCCUUUUUAAGAUAUAACUAGGAACUAUGCUCAAGCUUACACUUCGAUUAAUGUUGAUUUAGCCGACUCGAGAUGAAUCAGGAAAUCGCGAUACCUCAUACCAUACCGCAGCUCACAUUUCAAUAAAAACAUAAUAAAACACAAUACACCUGAAAAGGAUAAACGAAAUAGAAAAAGAUAGGGAGAGAGGAGCGAACAGUGAAUAAAUGUAUGAUUUGUUUCACACAAAAGUUGCUCAACAAGUCGCCACAAAUUCUGUUCCCACACUAGACAACAUAUAUGUACCAAAGGUUUAAUAAGAGACUUCUUUUUAUCAGUUCGUUGCCUAUUGGUUAACAGCAACAAAAAAAAAUCCAACAAUUAUAGCCCACAGAACUGAAGGUGGCUAAACAGCCUUGCAACCACUAGGUACCGUUGUAAUCAUCAGGGCAUCUUCACGAAGAUUCGUCCUGACCGAGACUAACUUUCAUACUUGUUGAUGAACACACAAAAAUUGAGUCAAUUGUGGUGUGCUGCGUACGGUUCCUUGUUCGAAGUAGAUUUGUAACCACCACUCUAACCUGGACGAACACACUUGUCUUCUCCAACUGCUUUAAACAAUAACCUAUUGUCACAUUUCGAAAAUUCUGUUUCACACUAUAAGGCAGCAUUUGGCGAGCUUUCGUUUCGUUGUCUUUUGUAAAGAUUGAUUGCUAACAGAUUUGUUUUAUUGAUUGUCGAGCUCAGCUUCAAGUUAACACACGGACCAUCUCUGAUCCAAAGUCAAACGCGUUCGCUCAGAAAGCCGGCCCGAUUAAAUAAAGUUACAUGGUGUAACCAAAGUUUACGUUUCAUUUUGAGUUGAUACAAAUGCCAUACAAAACAAAACCUUUUGCUACCUAAUACUUGCCUAACAGUAGUUGAAUUGAUUCGCGCAACUUCGUUAUUAGUUUUCUAUUCUGCCUCUGUCGUUCGUGCCGUUGUUCGCAUUCGUUAAUAACAACGAAAAUUGCGUUUCUCCCUUUCCUAGAGAGGGUAUAGCCUCCACACAUUACCAACAACCAAAAACGAACAAAAAAAAAACCUUUGCUAAACUUGCAAAUAGGCUCUUGCAUAUAGUUGAAGA